GUUCCUUUUCGAGGAAGCUCUCUCCCAUUGAGAAAGCCGUGCACGUUAGGUACGUACCUUGCGCCUAGCGUCGUCUGAUUGGUAGCUUCGUUCGACAGGACGGGCCAAAUUUUCGUGUUUCCUGCGCCAAAAGGUGCGGCUCCCAAUCCCAUCGACGAAGAGCAUUGCGAAACCCAACGACCCCGAUCCCUCCCAUUGCUCCGUCCCGCAUACACAAUGGCCGGCAAGGGAGUCAGGAGCCUCAGCGAGGCCAUGAGGGGACUGUCCCUCUCGUCGACGUGCCGAGCGGCGAACCCUGCGACCUCGUUCGUCGGCUCAUCAAGCUUUACGAGAUCAAUGGCUACCGAGGCGCCCUUCCCCGGUAUCACGACAUCAGCCUACGCUACCCCGAAGACAACGGAACCGUGGGCACCAACCACCUCCGUCCCCGUCACGAUCCACGCCUUCCCGACCCUCGAGCCCCGUUCCCUCGAGUCCUACUCGACGAAGCACCUCUAUCUUCCUCUCCGCCGCGAUCUCCUCCAUCUCGCCGUCGUGUUCGAGGGCGACGCCACCCGACAGGGCACGGCCAGCACGAAAACCCGCUGGGAGGUCCGCGGCUCGCACAAAAAGCUGCACCCGCAAAAGGGCACCGGUCGCGCCCGCGCGGGAACGAAGCAGUCGCCCAUCCGCCGCGGCGGAGGUGUCUCCCACGGUCCCAAGCCGCGCGACUUCAGCACCCGCCUGAACCGCAAGGUGUACGACGUCGCCUGGCGCACCGCCCUCAGCUACCGCUACCGCCGCGGCCAGCUCGUCGUGUGCGAGGACGGCAUGGAGCUGCCGUUGCCGUUGGACUUCACGAAGCUCGCCGACGCCGGCGCCGUGGGACCCCAGAUCGCCGCCGAGUACCGCCGCAAGUGGAUGAUGCAGGUCCUCGAGGCCAACGAGUGGGGCAAGGCCCACGGCCGGACGCUGUUCGUCACCAACGGGCAGAGGCCGCGGCUAUGGGACACCAUGGAGGCCGCAGUCGACCAGGGCAGAUGCCUUGACGUCAACGAUGUGGACGUCAAGGACUUGUUGGAGGAGGGACGCGUGGUUAUCGAGCGGGCGGCGCUCAGGGAGAUGAUCGAGUCGCACCAGAGCGACCUGGUGACCAAGGUCUUCAUCAACGGUGCCUUGAAGACCGGGCCGGCAAUUGGCGAGCCCCUCGUUCAAUGAACAGUACGUGCUGGGUGAUUGACGGGGGAAAAAAAAGGGCGGGAAGGGAGAAGGAAGAGAACGAUCUGUGGAUAUUUGUAACACCAGUCAAAGAGGAGUAGCGAUUGUCUGAUUAGAGGGCGCCUC